AUGCCUGGCGGAAAGGGAAAGUCUAUCGGUGGAAAGGGUGGUUCCAAGGACUCUGCGGGGAAGGCCCAGAAGUCUCACAGCGCUAAGGCUGGUCUGCAGUUCCCCUGUGGUCGUGUCAAGCGUUUCUUGAAGAACAACACCCAGAAUAAGAUGCGCGUUGGUGCCAAGGCCGCCGUCUACGUGACAGCUGUCCUUGAGUAUCUGACUGCCGAAGUUCUGGAAUUGGCCGGAAACGCCGCCAAGGACCUGAAGGUCAAGCGUAUCACACCACGUCACCUACAGCUCGCUAUCCGUGGUGACGAAGAGUUGGACACCCUCAUCCGCGCAACCAUCGCCUUCGGUGGUGUUCUGCCCCGCAUCAACCGCGCGCUGCUGCUGAAGGUGGAGCAAAAGAAGAAGGGCAAGCCUGAGCUUUGA